UACCACUUGUUACUGCUUCGUCGAAACGGUUUUCCCGCCCAAUGUUGCAAUGAAAAAUUGUAACAGAGAGACCAAGUUGAUUUACAGAACGUUGAGCGACAAAUUUUUUGUCAUCAACAAACCUGUAAACUGGACAUUAACGAGAAAAAAAACGAAACGAGCGGAGGAGGGGGGAGGAGGGGGAUUGGCUCCAACUGGUAAGCCCUCUCCCUUGUUAAGUAAAAACAAUGACGUAGCAAAAUCGGUGGAACAAACAGACUACCCAAAUGACAAACAGAGAAGUAACAUGUACAAGAAAAAACACUUUCUUAGUCAGAUGAAGAACCUAAGUAGCGCUGAAAAAAAUGCAUUCCUUUACACAAAUUCUGCCUUAUACCUCUACAACGACUUCAAUUUCAAUCUGAGUGGAAACUCCCCCACAGAGAAUAACCAUAGAGAUAAAUUUGCGCAGAAAUAUUACGUAGAGUCCCUGCUAAAAUGUGAGACGAACGGGGCUGUGUACUACCCGUAUAAGCUUCCCAUAUACAUGAGUGGUCUUGUCAUAUGUUGUCGAGAUUUACUCAUUUAUAAGAAAUUUUUGCAGAUGAUUAAGGAAAAUAAGCUAGUGCGAAAGUACAGAUGUUUGGUGCAUGACCCGUUCGUCUUUGUUGAGAAUAACAAAGUGAAUUUUUUUCGAGAGGGAGGGUAUAUCUAUCGGAACCACAGGGGUGUGAUUCCCCAUGUGAGGGAGACAUCAAACACACAUCCUCAUUAUGCAUACACAAGCACGAAGGAUGAGGAAAACAAAACUGAUCGAAGAAAAGCUACCCUCUUUUUACGAUCCCUACAAGCACAAAAAGAAGCGAGUGAUAUGUUUCCGUAUCAUAAUUUUUUUGCGGACAAUCCGUAUUCCUCCAGCUACUGCUAUCACUUGGCCGACUUAACGAUCGAUGAAUGGAAAGGGAGAGUAUAUCCCACGUCGUGUAGAAUAAACAAAGAGGGGAACAACAAACAUAGAAGUAACACACCUCACAGGGGGGGAAGAUACACAGCUAGAGAAGAAAAGACCCUCAAUUUGGACCACUUCGUUUCUGCCUUUUUGAGAAAAAGUCCCCCAGUGAAGAGCCUCAAUCGUUUAUUGUCCAACCUCCUCCACAGCAAUGGCACAACGAUGAAUCAAAACGACGAAUACGAUUUAGGACGCGAUAAUGAAUUCCGAGUGUGGCCCCCUGUUGGGAAGAAGGAGCAGGAGAAACAUAAACGUAGUGACCCAAUUGUGAGCCGAACAAAUGGUAACCACUUACUUUACGAUGUAGAGAUCCAAAACGGAUAUCUAUCCAAAGAUGGAAAGAUGAAAUUCCCCUUAUCUCUGUACUUUAACGAAGGGAAUUUUUUUACCUUUGACAAAGACUUCGAAGAUAGCUCCGUUCCUAUCUCUAUGAUUUAUAGAAUGGAGAAUUAUAGAGACUACUUGAGGAGGUAUUCAAAAACGUUGUUGAAGAAGGAUCAGGGGAGGGUAGUAAAUAUGACCCUGGAUAAAAAUUGCAACGUUUGUAUUAUCGAGUUUGUCCUUCUAGAUAACCCUAAGCCUGAUUUGAUUAGAUUUUUCUUUAGUGAACUGAACACUCCCAUAAUUAAUGACAGUAUAUUUGACAGGAAUUCGUUCAAACGGGAUAUAAUUGGUGAAGUGAUUUUGGAGCAGCUGGAGGACAGCCACGCGGAAUCUUCGCCACGUGUGGGGGGUUCUCCGCUCUUCGAUGUGGCUACCCAUUUGGGUGUUGGAGUGGAGCAAGUGGAUGGCGUGGAGCAAGUUGAUCGUGUAGAGCACGUGGAUGGUGUGCAAUCCACCACCUGGGGACUUCAAACGCGUGAAAGGAAAAUUAAAGAGUAUUUGCUUAAAGCGAGGGACCCCCACGUUAACGCUUUCACCAUCCCUGGAGUGGGGGUGGCUUCGCGGGGCUCCGAGCAGGAAGUACAGAAAGUACAGAAAGUACAGAAAGUACAGAAAGUAAAUCCAAGUAAUUUCAUCAUACAGGAGAGGCGUCCAAGUGGUAGACACGACGAAGGGGGGCACAACUGCCCACAGAGCAGCGGCGAAGAAAUGAAACUUUCCAAUAAAAACACGAACCUCUGUCUCGAACUAUUUCAGCUGCAGUUUUUGGAUCCAAUCAGCGGGGAUCACGUGAAGAUAGAAAAUUCUUUACCCAGCGCCUGGCUUUA